CCGACUCUCCGUUAGUUGCCAAUGGCUGCCCAAGCUCCCACCGGACGUCCGUCCCAGUGGCUGCCUAAGCUCCCGCCGGAUGUCUGUUGCCAGCUGGCCAAGAACCCGCCGAAAGAUCAAGGAAGAUGGAGAGGGAGAAGAAAAGUCGAGCGUCAUGGCGAAUUUAUAUAUCUGGUUUUGAUCCAAAAUCAAAUCCAAACAUACCAAAACAUACUCGCGUACCUGUUUUGGCGUACCAGUGUACCGGUACAGGACCAUGGUGACAUGGGUUUUCUGCUGUUACUAAAGUUAGGUGAACCUUGGGAAUUGCAGUUGAAGUUUUCAUGGAAAGGUGGCAGCAGACAUUGUCUUUCAUAGGCAAAUUGUGAGGACUCUAACAAACCUCACAAGCCACAAAAACCUCUCACAUUGCUUAAACUGGCGUCUAGAGUUCUUCACUUUCAUGUAAACAACAAUUAUUUUGCUGAAUCCAUUUCUUGCGCAUUGUACAGUUUUGGCCACUGUUAUUACGCUAUUACUCGGACACUUCAUGGUCCACCCGCUGAAUUUAAUUUGUUUUGAUGGGCUUAUGAUAAGACUGGUGGGAUCAGAAAGGGACUUAUAUAUAGAUAAUGAAGGGGUAAGUUAUGCCUACCCUGGUUUCUGAUCCGAGCAAUGGCGUCCUUCACAGUGGAGGAGUUUGUUGGUGACGGAGUUCUCAAGGAGAUACUCCCCAAGCUUGUUGAAGAUGGCUGGGAUGAUGUCCCUACUCUCAAGACGAUGAACUCUCAAGACAUGGAUGCUUCCAACAUGACUACCAGACAGAGAGAUGCACUGGAAAUCAGAUCAUAUUUGCAUAACCUAUCAUUAAUGCAAUACGCUGAUAGACUGGAGGCGUCUGGAAAGCCAUUGGCAGAACUUCUGAACUGUAAUGCUAGUGUCCUUUCUUAUCAAUUUGGCAUGAAGAGAGGCCACAUUGCCCGUUUCAUUGGUGGAACCGCUACUUGUGGAAUCUCCAUGAAUUCCCCAUAUAGAAAAAGAACUCCUUCUGUUUGUACAGAUGACAGCAGAAAUAAGCUCAGUUUUAGCUCAUCUCAAAAGAGUCAGACUUCCCCUCUGAGUUACAGGUCUACCUCGGGCUUAAGUGACAAAUCUGUUGGGGAAUUCAGGAGCAAAGAGGGGUAUUCUUUCAAGGGUAUCAUUGCAUCAGCACCUGCAGAGCCAAGACUUUGUGGUCUCAUAAAACCUCUUCCUAUUGCUAAUGACAUUGCACCUUACUCCAUGAUUGACAAUAUCACUGUUGAGAAACUAGCACCUGAGUAUAAGUUUGGUAUGAAGCCAUUGGUGAAACUGAAGACGACGACAGUGAGGGCUUCCAAACUGUGGCACGAUAGACCUGCUGUAUUGCUCUGUCUACGACGCCCAGGGUGCAUAAUGUGCAGAGCAGAAGCUCACCAACUCUAUUCAAAGAAACCGUUUUUUGAUGCAAUGGGAGUGCAACUCAUUGCUGUUGUUCAUGAGCAAAUAGAGGCAGAGGUCAAAGACUUCUGGCCUCGUUAUUGGGGCGGGAUGGUGGUCUUGGAUAGACGCAAGGGCUUCUUCAAAGCCCUUGGUGGAGGGAAGUUGCUAACAGACAAUAUUUUAACAGGGUUCCUCCUGAACCCACGGGCCGUUGCAAAUUAUUGGCGUGCCAAAGCUUCUGGUUUGAAAUACAAUUUUAAUGGUGAUGGAAACACCAGCGGUGGGCUCUUUGUAGUUGGUAGCGGGAAAAGUGGCAUUGCUUACCAGUUUGUUGAGAGGAAUUUUGGAGAUUGGGCCCCCAUUGCUGAAGUUAUUGAGAUCUGCAGCCGGCUACAGUUAUGCAGAAGUAGCCAAGUAAAGACCUUUGAAUGAUUUCCAAGUACAUAGUGAGCUGUUCAUUGUAAAGCUUGGAAGUCUUUCACAGUACGGAGAGCGAAGGAAACUUUGGUUUGUCAAGACCAGAAGCAACUAACCAGGGCAUGUUGAGUUUGGUCUGUUACACCAUUGCGUCGAUCAUCUUUAUGUAAGACUCCACUAAGAUCAUGUUUAUGUAGUCAAAUUGAAUAAUUAAAACUUCAGUUGCUC